AUGGUAUUCCAGGUGGCCGCGGAAAUGGCGCCCUUCCUGUUCGAGCACUUCGGUAAUCCCAGCAGCGGCCAUACAUACGGCAAGAUGGUCCACUUUACGUCGUGUGGUACGGAAUCCGACAACUGGGCCAUCUACGGGGCCGUCAUGGCGGCGAGGAGGGCGCAGCUCCCCCAGUCGCAGUCGCAGUCCCAGUCUCCCCAACGCGCUCCUCCUCCUGCCCUCCUCCUGCCCCACGUGGUGACCACCGCCAUAGAGCACCCCGCUGUGCUGGGCCAUCUGAAGCACCUCCAGGAGCAGGGCCUCUUGUCGUAUACAGCCGUACCCGUGGAUAGCGAGGGGCUUGUGGACCCGGAGCAAAUAGCGGCUGCCGUACAACCCAACACGGCGCUUGUGACGGUCAUGCACAGCAAUAAUGAAGUGGGCGCCGUACAGCCCAUCGCAGAGAUUGCAGCUGCUGCGCGACGGGCGCACGCGAGAUUCACCUCCUCCACGUCCUCCUCCUCCUCUUCAGGGGGGUGCACGGGCACGAACGGGUUGCUGGUGCACAGUGAUGCCGCUCAGAGCACGGGCAAGGUGGAGCUGGAUGUACGGACGCUAGGGGUGGAUGCGCUCACCAUCGUGGGACACAAAUUUGGGGCGCCCAAGGGUGUGGCGGCGCUGUACAUUAGACGUGGUGUUCAUUUGGACAACUACUUCCAUGGCGGCGGCCAGGAGGGGGGUCGCCGGGCAGGCACCGAGAACAUAAUGCAGGUGGUGGGUCUGGGUGCUGCUGCUGAGCUCGCUCGGAGGGAGGGUCCGCGGUUGCGGCGGCACCUGGGCGACAUGGCGGAGCGACUGAUGGAGGCAUUGCGAGCGGGGUUACGGCCAGAAGACCAGGACAAGCUUCGGUUGAAUGGUCCCCGCCAGCCCGCCAGUCGGCUACCCAACACGCUCAGCCUCAGCAUCCGCGGCCUGAACUCCGCCGUGGCGCUGCAGCGGCUGUCGGGCCAGCUGGCUGCUUCGGCGGGGGCGGCAUGCCACUCCGGGGAGGCGGCGUCGGUGUCGGCAGUGCUGAGAGCGAUGAGGGUUCCUUUUGAGUUUGCUGCAGGCACGUUGCGGCUGUCCACGGGUCGUCAUACAACAGCGGAGGAGGUGGACGCCGCGGCGAAGUUGAUAGUGCAGGAGGCUCGGAGGCAGGGCGUCCUUGGGUGA